GAAGCGUUGGCGGACCCAGGAGGAGCCGAGACCGCGAAGGGACGGAGGGCGGCGUCGCUUCUCCGUUAGGGACGAUCGUUUAUGAAAAUGUUGAAGAUAACGUUGCCCAAGACAACCUUGAGGUACCUCACUACAUACUUCCCUCCAUAUAGAUGUAGUUCCAUUGAAGACUACACAGAUAUUCCCAGGUAUUGAUGUUAGCCUGAUUGGUAUAUAGUCUCCUUGAUCCAUUUUUUCCCCUUUUUCAAGAGUGGAACUGCAUCAGUUUUUUUCCAGUCCUCCGGUAAUUCCUCCAUACUCCAGGAUCUCUGAAAGAUUUUAAAAGUCUUUUUGCCCCAUUUGCUUUUUCCAAGUGUGGCUUAUCCAGGAUAAUGGCAGGAAAAGUAAAGUGGGUGACUGACAUAGAGAAAUCUGUAUUAAUAAACAAUUUUGAAAAGCGAGGGUGGAUCCCAGUGUCUGAAAAUGAAGACUGGAACUUCUACUGGAUGAGCGUACAAACUAUUCGGAAUGUUUUCAGUGUAGAAACUGGUUAUCGUCUCUCUGAUGAUCAGAUUGUCAAUCAUUUUCCUAACCAUUAUGAGCUAACCCGGAAGGACUUAAUGGUAAAAAAUAUUAAAAGGUACAGAAAAGAACUGGAAAAAGAAGGUAGUCCUCUUGCAGAAAAGGAUGAAAAUGGAAAAUAUCUUUAUUUAGACUUUGUUCCUGUCACCUUUAUGCUUCCAGCUGACUAUAAUUUAUUUGUUGAAGAAUUCAGAAAAAACCCUUCCAGUACAUGGAUUAUGAAACCUUGUGGAAAAGCUCAAGGGAAAGGAAUUUUUCUCAUCAAUAAGCUUUCCCAAAUUAAAAAAUGGUCUCGAGACAGCAAAACAUCUACGUUUGUAUCUCAGUCCACUAAAGAAGCAUACGUGAUUUCCCUGUAUAUCAGUAAUCCACUUCUGAUUGGUGGGAAGAAAUUUGAUCUACGCUUGUAUGUAUUAGUAUCUACGUACCGUCCUUUGAGGUGCUAUAUGUAUAAACUUGGGUUUUGCCGAUUUUGCACAGUAAAAUAUACCCCAAGUACAAGCGAACUGGAUAACAUGUUUGUCCAUCUUACAAAUGUUGCCAUUCAGAAAAAUGGGGAUGAUUACAACCACAUCCAUGGUGGCAAAUGGACAGUCAAUAAUUUGCGUUUAUAUCUAGAAAGCACUCGAGGGAAAGAUGUCACAAACAAGCUGUUUGAUGAAAUACAUUGGAUAAUUGUACAAUCAUUGAAAGCAGUUGCGCCUGUGAUGAACAAUGAUAAACAUUGCUUUGAAUGCUACGGAUAUGACAUCAUUAUUGAUGACAAGCUUAAGCCAUGGCUUAUUGAGGUUAAUGCUUCCCCAUCUCUUACUUCCAGUACUGCAAAUGACCGUAUACUCAAGUACAAUCUGAUAAAUGACACACUUAAUAUUGCUGUGCCCAAUGGAGAAAUUCCUGAUUGUAAAUGGAAUAAACCGCCUCCCAAAGAAGCUCUUGGGAAUUAUGAAAUUUUAUAUGAUGAAGAGAUGGCACAAAGUGAAAUGUCAGAUCGUGAUUUGCGAAGUCGCUCUGGACAGUCUGUUGGAUUUAAGGGAAACCGAGCCAGAGAUCCUGGAAAAACAGGGUUCCUUACUUGGAAAUAGUAGAAUAAAUUAAGAUUUAUUUAUUUGUGUGGAUAUCUUUUAUUUUAUUUGCUUAAUACUAGUCCAGAGAAAAGAAUAUUGCUCAAAGAUGAGGGGAUAGAGGCAUGUGCAUAUAUUUCAAAUUGAUCAUUAGAUCCACUGUAAUUUUACUGCAUACUUACAUUAUGCUGCAUGUUAUAGUAGAAAAUGCAAUGAAUUAAUGCAAAUAGCAUUUUAAUAAAAUAACUCAUUUCCAAUUCAAACUUCUUUCUUUGAAGUAAUUACUGCUAUCUCAAGCACUGCAACAGAAAUGUGCAUUCCAAGAUUAGUAUUUUGUUUUCUUCUGAAUUGUUCUAGAAACCUAAAGCAAACUGUUCACAGCCUAAGUAUUUCUCUAUUGCAAACUAAUAUUAAUAUAUUAGAAAUUCUACUUCUUUGUAAGGCAUGCUGUUGGUCUCUUCAAAAUUAAAUAUAAAUUUAAAAAAUAACAAGUUUGGGUGAAAAGGUAACUUUCUAUUGGGAAUGCUAUGAGAAGUUAAUUGUGAUAGCAUAUAACAUAGAUUGAUCUGCAUAUAGGCCUCAAAUACAAACCUUUCCCCCCAUUUGUUGCAUUGCUUCUACUGGCUAAAGACUAGAGUUGAAUAUUAAAAAUAAUUCUUCAAUGACUAAUCUGGCAGAAAUACUGAUAUGUUGCAUAGAUUUGACAAAUAAAUAUUGUACCUCUUAAAACAUGGAUUUCAGUCACACUAUUGUUUUUAUAUCAUAUUUGUCUCUUAGGAACUGUCCUCUCAUUGGAGUCCAGUUGGAAGAAAUAGACGAGCUCUUUGCUAAUCAGUUAACUGAGGUGUGCAGGAAACACACCACUGUAGUAAUA